UUUUUUGGAUUUGUAAUUAAUUAUUACAAAAUUUUUACGCUACGUGAUAAAAUUGUGUUAAAAUCAAAUAAAUCAUGUUUGCUAUAAUGCAAAUUGAAAACGAAGAUCGUGGUAGGGAGUUCAGACGUAAAAUGCGUGCCAAAUGUGAAUUUAUUUGUAAAUAUUGUCAACGACGUUUUACAAAACCAUAUAAUUUAAUGAUACAUGAACGUACACAUAAAUCACCAGAUAUUACAUUUACAUGUGAAGUUUGUGGUAAAUCAUUUAAACGACAGGAUAAUUUAAAACAACACAGAUGUAGUCAGUGUAUUUGGCGGUGAAGGGGGCCGGACGCUGUCUACGAAAAAAAACAUAUACACGCUCUAAUAACAGUGUCUAUACAUAGUAAUCCACAUCACGUUGUUUACAAUCCAUUUUCCAGAUAUUAAAAAUAUUAUCAAGAUUUUUUUUAUAAAAUAAUAGCUAAGUUAAAAUGCCUAUAUUUAAAUAGAGAAAAAAAAGUAUUAUUUCUUUAGCUUUGUUCAGAAUUAUAUAAUUUAAUUAUUAUUAGUAGCUUAAUAUUCAAGAGUGUACA